AUGGGGGAGAGUUUCGUUACUGGACCAUCAUCAUCAUCAAGGCCGAUCCAAGUUUAUCUAAGUAUCAAAGGAGAUGACGAAACUUGCAAAUUCACAGAUAGGCUUUGGGCAUCUCUUGAGACUGACGAUUUGAAUACCUUUUGGGAUGAUGAGAAGCUUGAACCAGAGAUCGCUGUUCGUGUUCAUGAAUCGCGAUAUACUGUUUUCCCAAUUUUCUAUGGUGUUGACCCAUCUGAGGUUCAAAACCAGUGUAACUCUUUUGAAAAAGCUUUUGCUCAACAUGAACAAAGGUUCCCAACAAAUUUACGCAAGGGACACAUUUGGAGAUCAGCAAUAACUCAAGUGGCCAAUCUCUCUGAAAGUUGGGAUGUACCAUAUGACCCAUGCCCACAAGUUACUGAUGACAUUGUUAGAGAGGUCAAGAAAAAAGUACGUCAACUGGAAUAUGUUGAUGCAGAUUUAGUAGGAAUGCCAUCUCGAGUGAGAGAUGUAGAAAAGCUUCUAGAGCUGGGUAUGAAUGAUGAAGUUCCUGUGUUGGGCAUUUGUGGUAUGGGUGGGGAAUUUUGGAUAGCGUUCAUACCAGUGAAGUACGAUGUACAAGUUGUGACUGAGAAGUCACUCAUGGCCAUUGUAGAUCAGAAAAUUCAAAUGCAUAGUUUAGUGCAAGAAAUGGGAAGAGAAAUUGUUCGACAUAAAUUUCCUUCUAAGCCAGAAGAGUGGAGCAAAUUGUGGGAUUUUGAUGAUAUUUUUGGUGUUAUGCAAAAUGACAUGGCUACUCUUGAAGUUAAAGCAAUAGUCUUGGAAUUAGAAGAUUCACAAGGGCCUACAUUGAGAGCUGAAAGUCUAUCACGCAUGAGAAACCUUAGAUUACUCAUAUUUCGCAUUGUAAAAUUUUCUGGAGUCUUAAAGUAUCUUCCCUUGUGGCUCCAAUAUAUUUCAUGGCACCAAUAUCCAUUCACUUCUUUGCCAUCAAGUUUUCGCCCCUUUUUUCUUGCCGAAUUGAUUUUGCCUAAUAGCCGUGUCACAAGUAUAUGGGAUGAUGAAGAAGAAAAGGGUUCACUUGUGAUAAAAAGCGAGAAGAGCAGUAAUAAUCAGACACAUCAACUGAUAGUGUCUGAUCUUGACCCUAGCCCUAACCUUGUCAAAGACAAUGGGAUGCUGUGUACUUUCUAUGUGGAUUAUAAAAAUUCACCUGUUCAUGUCGCUAGUAGUCAAGCAUUCAUGGGCACAACAAUUCACUGCAACAAAAUUUUGAGCGAUCAAGCAAGUGUGACAGUGGAGAGGAUUGUAUUUCAAAAUAUUGUGCCAUAUCCCAUGGAUGACAUCAACUUGAUGAGGGUCAAUAACAUUG